AUCUGUCUCUUGUAUUUUUUUCCAGGGCGGGUAGCUCGGCUAUUGAAAAGAGGCAGUGACCUGUCAACCCUGACUGAUGGGAGCGGGCGCUGGGAGCGCCCCCGUGUGUGGGAAAAUACCUCAGCCAAAGAGCUCGAGCAUUCAAAUGCUAAUUCUGCCCUAUAAAUAAGAGCGGUGCGUGGUGCUGCGGGCCUUACAGACCCUAGACUCAGCCGGGAGAGGAGAGCUAUACUCUAACUACACAACUAUACCGAGCGUAAAGGAGAGAUGACAGCCAGCAUCAUGGCUCACAACGUGGGGAAACACUCGAGUGCCAAGGAGGAGAGAAAGCUGCGGAAGCCGCUAAUUGAGAGGAAAAGACGGGAGAGGAUUAAUAACUGCUUGGAUCAACUGAAAGAAACCGUGGUCGGGGCGUUCACUCUUGAUCAAUCGAAACUUGAAAAGGCGGACAUUCUGGAGAUGACAGUGAAACACCUGCAGAAUGUUCAGACUCAUAGAUUCAGUGCAGACCCCAAUUUAGGCCUAGAUGCACAGCAGAAGUACAGCACAGGCUACAUCCAGUGCAUGCACGAGGUCCACAACAUGCUGCUCAGCUGCGAGUGGAUGGACAAAACUCUUGGCUCCCGCCUGCUCAACCACCUGCUAAAAUCCCUGCCCCGCUCCAGUGAAGAGCACCCCUCUCAGGCCAACCCCAACCUCAGGCCUGAUGCCCACCCACCCAGCCAGGGGCCUGGAGCCCCCACUACACCCCUCAGAGGGGACCCCAGGUCUGGUAGGCAGGGCCAGAGGGAGGGGCCCCUGUCCCACAUGGUGGGGCCCCAGGACAGCCCCCUGCUCCUGCUCGGGAGCCCCCAGCUCCUCAGCCCCCACCUGGGCAUGCUGGAGAUGUGGAGGCCCUGGUAAACUGUACUGGUGUGCUGGAUCUUUACGUUAGACCCUCCUCUGUUAUGUAUCUUAUAGAUAUGCUACUCAGAAGACAUUGUGUUUGAUUGUGGGGCGGUUGUGUUCCUGAUCUAGGUGUGCUAUAUAUACAGACCUUUCAGUACUUCCUCUCCGAAGUCUACUUUCCGUAGCCUGCAUUGUAGAAGGCGCUUAUUAAUAUUUUUCUUAUAUUUAUUGUAUUAACGUCUUUAUUUAUUAAAUAAUAAGAAAAACAUUUAGCUUCUUAGCUCUAGUCCAUCACAAAUGGCUUUUGUUCUGCUCCCUUUGUUGUAUAUUAUUAACCAAUAUUAAUACAAAUGUGUAUGCAA